AUGCAGGAUGACUUGAUCGAGAGCAUUCGGCGCUUCUCCGUGUCGGAUGAGCCCUUGUCGACUGCCACCGCUCAGACCUUUGUCGAUGCAUUCGCUCCGCUUUCCCACGCUCAAGACCACAAAACGGAUCAGCCGUCCACAUCGCAGAAUGAAUCAUCGUCGCUGACGAAGCUCAAGCAAGCACGCAGUGCUGCGCUUCUCACGCUUGCUUCGCGCUCCUCCUCCGCAGCUGUCCGACAAGAUGUGCGCUCUCAGGCCGCGCCCGUUGACGAGAACAUUGCACAGCUCUUGACGCCUGUCAUACGAUCCAGACUCGCCGACACAACCCCACACAGCCUUCUCUCAGCGCUCGGCUUCUUUUCGGCACUCUUCAGUGUACUGCCAUCGGAAGCGCAUGACAUCCUCACCGCGGACGGUAUCAUCGACCUUGUGUUGGAGGCCCCGGAGGCCUGUAAUGCUGUUCGCCGUGUAGAGGCAGACGGCCAAGCCCAAGACACACGUUCGAAGCGCUCGCUAUCGGAUGAAGAGCUCGUCGGCUUGGCAGUGGCUGAGCUCAUCUCCUCCGCUGCCAACUCGACAGCGACAAGAAAGUACCUUGCCGGCCAACAAGCCGUUCUCGACUGGCUCGACAUCGCCUGUGUCUCUCGCGGCUCCUCCAACACCGCAGAUCACAAAUCAGACGCGAUCGCUGUCGUCGCUGGUCUCGCUGAGAUCAAGGUCUACCGCGCUAUUGCUUCCGAGGCCAUGCAAGGCCUCACCCAAUCAGCAUCAUCAGAGCCGACUUCCCAAGCAGAUCAUGUCCGCAAGAUCCAAGAGGCGAGUUCAGAACGCAAACGCAAAGACCAAGCAUUGUAUCAAGCAACGCAGACCGAACUACUGUCCAUCAAGUCACAAUCGCGAAGUCUACUACGACAGGUGGACGCAGAACAUCGCCGACUCGUCGAGCUAAGCUGCUUGGAAGCGCUGGCCUAUCUCACAGUCCAGUCGACAUUCAAAGAACGCGUCGCUGCAGAUCGCAACCUACUCCAACUCUUAUGCACCGGGUUCGACAUCACAACGCCCAAGAAAGCCGAGGAAAAGCAGGUUCAUGAUAUCGACAGCCAAAGAUUCGAUGGAGCACUUCAGCUGGGGCUGGCCACUAUCUUGUCCAACAUCACUGCGUACCCACCCACACUCACAUCCGAAGAAAAGCAGGUCCGUCGUCUCAGGAACUUUGCCAACGCGCAGGGAACCAAACAAGAUGGAAGCCAGACGGACGACGACGACGACAAGCUCGAGACCACUGCCAAAGUGGAACAAAGGUGCUCGGCGGUACUAGAAGCCAAGGGAGUAGAGGCACUCAGCGCUCUCGCUGUAGCUGGACCUCCUCCUGGAUCCGGUGCCUCGACAUCCGACGGUGUGAGCUGGAAGGUCAACCCAAGCAAGAGCGUCCGUCAAGCAUGCGAACAGGCUUUGCUUGCGCUCUUGACCAAACAAGAUCGCGUCAUGCGAGGCAAAGCUGUGCAACAGGGCGCUUUGAGGGCAGCGCUGGCUUUAUCGGCCCCUGUGUUGCACGGUCUACUUCCAUCUAGCUCGAGCGAAUCGGCCAACAGCCAGCAGUCGAACACGUCCAAUGGUCUCUUCUCGCGCUCGGCAGGGACAUCAGCAGCAGCCAAUGUCACCUCCGACGACCUCGCGCCCCUGCAGGCACUGGCCAAGCUUCUCAUCUCAUUGAAUCCCAGCCUGCUCUUCCCUUCUUCGGACGGGCUUCUAUCGGUGUCCUCAGUCAUCUGCAGCCUCUUGCUGUGUCCGAUGGCGACCAGACUACAGAAGUUCGAGUCGCUCCUCGCGCUCACCAACUUGGCUUCCCUCUCUCCAGAUGUCUGCCUAAGGAUCGCGGCAUUUACGCUUGAAACUGCGGAUGCAAAAGCAACGGAGGGCAUCAACGCCGGGAAGCUAUUCCGGCCCACUUCAGUCGUCGCACAGGCAUGCGAGCAGUUGCUCAUGGAAGAGCACACUAUGGUACGAAGGGCUUGGAUCGAGCUCCUGGUCAAUCUGCUGCAGGUCCAGGAGGUUUUUGGAUACUUCACUUCUGCAAAGUCGCCAGCAUCUCAAACUGAUGCGGCCACGACGACCGAAUCGCAGGACAGGCUUACAUUGCGACUCAGGAUGCUGCUCGGUCUCUGCGAAGUCGACGAGUGGGCGUAUCUACACGGUAGCGGCAUCGGGAUAGAUGGUGAUACGCCGGAGAGCACCUCUGAUGCUCAAGGUGGAGAACCGUCGCUCGCCACGCGGAUGGCCUGUCUUGCACUACUGGCAAUGGUCACCGAGGUCAGCACAGCUGUCGAGGCUUUGGUGACACUGAACAGGCUCUUACCAAUCCUAGUCAGCACCCUCAUACUCGAUCGAUCGGAGGAUGCAGAGCGGAACGAAUGGGAACGCGCCGAUCUGGAGUCCACCAAAGCAAGCUCGACACGCAGCAGAGCUGACACAGAAGCCGAGGCGCAACUGAACGGCAUCAACCUAAGCAUGCGCGCUGGCUACGUGCUGCUCAACGUCUUGCAAUUCCUCUCUGAGCCUCGAAGCAAAGGCUUGCAGGAUCAAAGAGGAGGCUUUGAUCAAGAGAAGGUACAGACCGCGCUGCAGGACAGCCUGACCCAUCAUGUGGUGCAACUGAAGCAGGCCACGGGGCCAGCACACGUUCAGGAAGCGCGCAAGGGUCUCUUGCAGGUGAUGGCUGAAUGUCUCAAGCUCGUCAAGAGUAUGGAGUGA